AUGGAGUCCAGCCCAACAAUGGCGAAGACAGAUUCUCUCAAGGCAAACAUCGACACUGACGUCAAACAUCAAGUCGACGGUACCUGUGUCUCUGAGAUGACAGGCACAAUCCUAGAAAUCGACCCAAGAAAAGAAGCAGCCGCACUCAGAAAAUUCGACAAAUAUGUUCUCCCGGUUUCAGUGAUAUUUCUCGUCUUGUCCACUCUAGAUCGAAACAAUCUUGGAAAUGCUAGAACUUUUGGGUUUGACGAGGACGUCGGACUCAAGGGCGGUCAAUUUGGUAACAUAACUACACUGUCGAGUGUCUGCACCAUAAUCUUUGAACUUCCUUGGGUUUUGGCCGUGAGGAGGUUUGGUGCUAAUAAAGCAAUCGGCACUGCAUUCGUCCUCUGGAGUGCUUGUACACUUGGAACUGCGUUCAUUCAUACCUACGCUCAAGCCAUCGUAGUUCGUAUGAUUUUGAAUGCUGCCGAAGCUGGUCUUGCCCAAGGGUUUGCUUUCUUAUUCUCUACUAUCUACCCCAGAGAAUUGGCAGGAAAGCGUAUAAUGACGACAAAUGUUGCGCAAUGCAUAUCCGGUGCUUUUGGGGGACUAUUUGCAUAUGCUGUUCAGACUAUGGGGACGCGGAGGGGCCUCGCAGCAUGGAGGUGGCUAUUCAUUGUCGAGUUUUGUAUCACAAUACUUAUUUGCGGCAUCGGUUGGAUAUUUCUUCCAAAUUCGGUUGAAACAGCUUGGUUCUUGAAUGAAGAGGAGAAAGAAACCAUGCGAUUGAAGAAGAUUCGAGACUUUGCAAUCAGAGGCGAAGAGAAGUUCGACCGCAAAUGGAUCAAAGUUGCUCUCACAGACCCUUUUGUCUAUCUGCUUGGUAUAGCAUUUUUCACUUCAUCCGUGGCUAUCAAUGGAUUCGGUGUAUUCUUACCUACUAUUCUUUCUGGUCUUGGAUACAACUCGCUCGCGGCAAACUAUAUGACUAUCCCAAUCUAUGUUGUUGGUCUUAUUUCCCUGAUCAUCCAGGUCUACUUUUCGGAUAAAUACAAGAAAAGAGGAGUUUUUAUCAUUGCAUGUUGUGUUCCAGUUGCAGUUGGAUAUCUCAUAUGCGUAGGGACGCCCAGUAAUGGAGCUGGCUACGCUGGAAUGUUCAUUCUCGUGCUAGGACUUUAUCCUAUAUCUACGCUGGCUGUAACUUGGAUUUCCACAAAUUUGUCACCAGAUGAUAAACGUUCGAUUGGAAUGCCCAUAGCAUAUUCGAUUGCAAAUGUAUCUUCGCUGGUGUCGUCUCAGCUAUACCCAACUCAACAAGGCCCACGAUAUAUCGUUGGUAAUUCAGUCUCAGCUGGUCUCACAGUUGUUGCUGGCUUCCUUUAUGGUGGAUGUUGGUUCUUGCUUCGACGCAGAAAUGCAAAGAAGGAGAAGCUUAUCGCUGAGGGUGCCACAACAAAUGGCUUGGAAGGUGAUAUGAGCCUCGAUUCCAUGUACAUUCUGUAG